ACCAUGCGGGAGAAGCUGAGCGGCCAGAUUUCUAUUUUCGGGAGAAUCAUUGAGUUAUUCAGAAGCACAAGUGAUCAGGCUUAUGUCUUUUAUUUUACAUCCCUAUUUUAACCCGGCUGAUUGACACAGUCUCUAACCCCCAGAGAGGCACAACUGCAUUAUACAGAUUGGUUGAUAUGAGAACAGAAAGAGAAACCAUAACAAGCAGAGCAUCAACAACACAGAGUAAAGUCGGAAGAGCAGAAGGAAAGGAUGAAAUAAAGAAAUAAAGGGAUACAGAGAUCAAAGGACUACGGAAAGGAAUUUCGCUGCGAGAGCUGCUGGAAAACUUGGAGAGAGGAAAGUGGAGAAGAGUGAAAGCGGAGAGACGCUUCAGUUCGACAGCUGUCGGUGCUCCAUCAUGCAACAUGAGUAACGACAGUAACGGAUUUGGGGUGCUUCGGCCCCUCUGGAACUUCAAUGGGUCUUCGGCCGUCCAAUCAGCUGACCUGUUCUCCAACACCUCAUGCAACAUUUCCUCCAAUGAUUCAACAUUCUGCUCUCCUGUGGAUGAAGGAGUGGGGACAGGAAGUCCAUAUAAAGCUCUGGAGAUGUUUUUUAUCGCCUUGGUUACAGGAUCUCUGAGCUUUGUGACUGUCACAGGAAAUAUAUUAGUCAUGCUGUCCAUCAAAGUAAACCGCCACCUACAAACUGUCAAUAACUAUUUCUUAUUUUCAUUAGCAUGCGCGGACUUGAUCAUAGGUGUUUUCAGCAUGAAUUUGUACACAGUCUACAUCAUUGUUGGCUACUGGCCGCUCGGGCCGGUGGUCUGUGACUUGUGGCUAGCUUUAGAUUAUGUUGUCUCAAAUGCCUCAGUGAUGAAUUUAUUGAUCAUCAGCUUUGAUCGCUAUUUCUGCGUGACCAAACCCCUCACAUAUCCUACAAGAAGGACAACUAAGAUGGCAGGGUUAAUGAUCGCGGCAGCAUGGAUCCUGUCGUUCAUCUUGUGGGCUCCUGCCAUCUUGUUCUGGCAGUUCAUCGUUGGACAGCGAACAGUGCCACCCGGAGAGUGUUAUAUUCAGUUCCUUUCAAACCCUGCGGCGACGUUUGGGACGGCCAUAGCAGCGUUCUAUCUUCCUGUCAUUAUUAUGACAGUCCUGUACAUCCACAUUUCCCUUGCCUCCAGGAGCAGGGUCUCCAAACACAAACCAGAGAAGAAGGAGAAGAAGGGAAUAAAAACUCCCAGCUUGCUGAAGAGUCACCUGUUGAAGCAGAACAACAACAAUGAGACCAGUCCUCAGGCCAGUCCCCGCUCUACUCCCAAACUCAGUCUAGACUCAACUACCACUGCGCUGGAGGCUGUGAAGAAUGGCAGAGUGGAGGAACCUAAACCUGCUCAGCCACAGUCUCAAGCACAGUCCAGUCCAGCACUCACACAGGAGGAAAAGGAGAGUUCCAACGAUUCGUCCACAGCUUUUAUUCCCCCCACAGAGCCAAAAGACAACACCAAUAAGGAGGUAAUAUCUGAGGCUGCCACCAAUCCUAACCCAGAUGAAACGACAACAGCCAAUCCCGAGGUGGCCAAGAUCAGCUCCAACUCGAGGUGGUCCAAGAUAAAGAUUGUAACGAAGCAGGCCGGGGACGAAUGUAUCACAGCUUUAGAGAUUGUCCCCCCUGUAGAGGGAGCCGAGAGGCAUUCGAUCCCAAUCAGCCGUCCCAGGACUGUGGCAAGAAAGUUUGCAAGCAUUGCCAGAAGCCAAGUGAAGAGGAAAAGACAGAUGGCUGCCAGAGAAAAGAAAGUUACCAAGACUAUCUUUGCCAUCCUGCUGGCUUUCAUCAUCACAUGGACACCGUAUAACGUCAUGGUGUUGAUCUCAACCUUCUGCCAGUCUUGUGUCCCUGACACUGUGUGGGUUAUAGGCUACUGGCUGUGUUACGUCAACUCUACAAUCAACCCAGCUUGUUAUGCACUGUGCAAUGCCACAUUCAAGAAGACAUUCAAGAACCUGCUGCUGUGUCAGUAUAAAAAUAUAGGUACAAGAUGAGAUGGAAGGAGAAGACUAAUGUUGGGAUGGAUGGGGAAGGAAACCACUGCAAGAAUGUUCGACAGAGGAAGGGAGUGAGGAAAUAUUGUGGAAAGGUGAGUGGAAGAGGGCUGGAGGAGCUGGUAAAGAGCAAUUGGAUGACUUAGUUGAAGGGUUCCUUCUAAAGGGAAGAGACAUCUGCUGGGGAUGAGCAACUGUGGUUCAUUUUGUAAGCGAAUGGCAGUAAAUCCCCUAUUGGUAUUCAGAGCCAAAUGUGAGUGUAAACCAGUGAAUCUUUAACCUGCCCAGCUUCCCCUGAGAUGAAACUGAUCACCAUGCUUCUAUCUGAUACGAUAGAUGUGUUUCCCCAUACAGGAGUUCAGGAAUAAUAAGAUACCACUUAUUACAAAUGAUGCGUCACCGCCAUGGUAACUAUGACAGCAACUCAAGCCAUGGCUUCAGUCACAACAAGCCCAGUUAUCUUAAAAUGUGCUGCAGUGUGCUUAGCCCGCCACUUCUGAGAAUGUGCACUCACACUCAAUUGUAACUAAAGCAUAAUACAUAAUCAUAUAUCAUAAUGUAUCAACGCUGUAUGCAUGUUAGAACUCAGCCUAACUCUAUGGAUCAGAGGGAAUGCAUAAAGUUGUGCGAGUAGUGGUCACUUUCAUUUAAGUGUAGGGCAUCAGUCGCCUUGGAAAAAAAUCUUUUUAUUUGAUCUAAUUUUAUUAGUUUUCUAACAAUUUAAAUUGAUUGUGAUACACACCCCAAAAUAUGUAAUUGGUUAGACCACAGGCAACAUAAAACUGAAAUAAAAAUCAAAUAGAAAUAAAUAAGAUCUAUACAUAGAGGGGAGGAGGGAUGACUGGGAGACUUUGACGGUGACUGAAGACAAGCCAAAGGUGGAGCAGAACAGUUGGUAUGGUGGAGGAAAGAGGAGGACCUAGCAGCAGUACGAGGGGAAAUAUAAGGAUUUUUAAGUAGCAUAGCACACACUGUGGCAGCCAUGUUGGAGGUCUUUGGAUCAUGUGCAACAAAAGCAGCUAAUUGUAAAUAAGCUAAUUAAAAUAUAACUUUCAUACAACUUGACCACCUCAAUAGUGCUUCUCCAUAUUCAAGUCGUAGUAGUGCUUUUCCCUAUCACAGCAUGUGAUUAAACGUUAACGUCUUGUUGUCAAUACAUCGAUUUGCACAUUACUUGCAUGUUGUAGAACAACACAAGUUAGAAAUUGUAGUAGCUAAGCUCUAUGUCUUCAAAUAGACAACUUCACAUGAGUCGCCUGCAAUUUGUUCAGUAACAGUUGUUUGUUAAAGUUUUAAUUAUCAUAUUAAAACAUGAUUGGGGUGUAGCCCCACUACCAUUCCUUAAUAAACCCCUCAAUCUGAACAUUUUAAACUAUAGGCCCUGUCACACAUAUCCGUAUGGCAGAAACGUAUGCUGGCGUAUAUGAAAAUUUGUCAGAGUCCAAAUACGUCCAACUUUUCAUCGGAUCGGAUCG